GUCAACGGGAGUAAAGGUCGCGCAUUGUUAACGAGGCCUUCGGUUCGGCGCUGCAAUACUACAAAUAAGCCGUUGUGUAAUGAGAGGCUCGAAUUUCACGUGUGCGGGACGAGAGCGGUGGGUGUUCUCAUUAGCACCAUGUUACGCGUACGUACGAGAUAGUGUUGUCACUCAAUUAGUGUUCGCGUUUAAAACGGACGAGCGCGCACGGAGCAACACAGUCAGCUACCGACCGCAGCGCCGGCAGUCCCCUACACCCCCACCACACAUCAUCAAAAUGCAGAAAUUCUUGUUGGUCGCUCUCGCCCUGGCCGCCGUUGCCGCCGCCGCCCCUCAGCAACAACAGCCCGAGCACCCAGUCUACAUCCUCAAGCAGGAUUCGGACGUCAACCCGGAAGGUUACAAUUUCGAUUUUGAAACAAGCGACGGUACAUCCCGUCAAGAGAAGGGCACCCUGAAGCAAAUCAGCGAGGACCACAAGGCCAUCGAAGUGACCGGCAGCUACAAGUACGUCGGCACCGACGGCCUGGUCUACAAAGUCACGUUCACCGCCGACGAGCACGGCUUCCAGCCCCAGGAGCACGUGGAGCACCCCGGCGCGGACCAACAGCAGUACCAACAAUAAAUCAAGCCCAAUAUUUGGUCAAACCAUUUGGGCCCACCGUUAGAUACUGCAUUGACGCGCAUAGUGUAGGUUUUACUACACGGUGCGUACAGUCGUUUGCCUGUUUGUACAUUUCUAUAUUUUUUAUAUGAUGUUGUUAAAUAUAUAACUUAUAAACAAAGUUUAGAU